GGUGAGUUUGACCAGACCUUCGAACAGGUAACGAACAGCAGGGAGAAACAAGGAAUCAAAGAAAAAUAUGUUUUGCUCUGCUGUAUUUUACUCACCGCACAAUUGAAUCCACAAAACUUCUUGGGCGUGCAUUGUCCCAAAUCUGCGGUUGCAUUACUAUUACUUCCGGUACGCCGUGGCACUUUAUCGUAGCUAAUUCAUUAAUUCAUUCCUCUCAACAUCCCGCCUUCGAUCCAAAACACUAUGCCGCCGAGCCAGAAUGGUCUUCGCAUGUCAUCGAUGUAUCGUGGCAACAACUGCGCUUUCAUUCCUCUUCUGCCUACCUAAUGGCAUAAUCGCGAGCAGUGUGCCAACCACUGCCAGCACAGGCCCUAUAUUAAAUGUCCCGAAUACUACUGGAACAUGCGAGUUUAGAACGAUCAAUUACAUAACAGAUAUAUUACCUCAACAGUGCCUUCGUUCAUCUUGGAGUAAUACGGACUCUCCGCCAACUACAAAGACAAAUGCUAUUGGUGCAGCUGGAACUCUCGAAAGCCAGGAAAUUGAUGUUGUAACGGACACAAUAUCGAAUGCACCUUUCAGCGAGUCUGUUGCCCAAACAAAUGACGAAACUAAAAUCACGGACGAAACAAGUCGUACAUCCGUCAUUCAGCUUAAAUCGUCCAGCCCAUCUCCAGGCAUACCGUCUCCUACGGCAUCUCCGACUACUGUCGAUGAAGGAGAGCUUAAUGAUGCCUCAUUCUUGUCAUUCGAAGAGUGGAAGAAACAAACAUUGGAGCAAGCUGGGCAGCAAGAUUUGAAUCUGGGCAAGCGAAGAUCCGCGGAAGCGGCUAGGAAAAGAGAGUCGGAAGCAUUUCAAAACAAUCUUGAAUCUCUGGGAGAUGAUGGGGAAAUUGAUUUGGACUUUGGCGCUUUCCGGAAUGGGGGGGCUGAGCAAACCUCAAGAACGACCAAAGAUAAAGGCGUGGGUUCAAAUCAGGAUUCACAAGAAGAGAAAAGUGGUUCUGGGCAUCGAAAGGAACACCGAAGUAAGGAUGCUGGCAAGACCUGCAAAGAGCGUUUUUCCUAUGCAUCAUUUGAUGCCGGAGCUACUGUUCUAAAGACCCAUCAAGGUGCAAAAAAUUCAAAAGCUGUGUUGAUAGAGAAUAAGGAUUCCUAUAUGCUUUCGGAAUGUAAAACACAGAACAAAUUUUUAGUCAUUGAGCUUUCGGAAGAUAUAUGGAUCGACACUCUAGUUCUUGCGAAUUAUGAAUUCUUCUCCAGCAUGUUGAGAACAUUUCGAGUCAGUGUUAGCGAUCGAUGGCCUGUGAAGACUGAUAAGUGGAAGGAUUUGGGUGUUUAUGAGGCUCGCAACUCGCGAGAAAUACAAGCUUUUCUAAUAGAGAAUCCGCAAAUUUGGGCAAGGUAUAUACGCAUCGAAUUUUUGACACAUUACGGAAAGGAGUAUUAUUGCCCACUCUCGCUCGUGAGGGUUCAUGGUACUCGCAUGCUUGAAAGUUGGAAGGAUACUGAAGCUAACAAUGAUGACGACGAGGAAGCGGAUGAGGAUCCUGAAGAAGGAUUUGUUCCAGAAGCUGUAGCAGAAAUCAUUCAGACGAAAUCGACUGUAAUGCAAGCUGUGCAUGUAACAGUGGGUAGCCAGACAGAGCCUACAGGAUUAUAUACUACUCGAGACGUUCAAAGGGAAGAAAUGCCAAUGGAGACACACCUUAAACCACCGCCAACACCAACUUCUCUUUGGAAAAAGCCUAUAGCCAGAGAAUUUGAAAUGCUCUCUAUACGACCUCUAGACUUGUGCUAUCCUUCAGAUACCCCGGAACAUAUUCUCACCAGUCAAGCCGCGGUGGAGAAUGAGUCAUAUAAUUUCAAGACUACUAUGAAAGUUCCACCAUCACCUGAAAUGAUUUCUACUGCCUUUACAGAUAAUGGGAUCACAUCCUCAUCACUGUCUUUCACCGGGCCUUCCGCACAGCAAACGUUAUCUGAGGUUAAAGCAUCCCUAGCAAGCACGUCACUUACCCAAGAGGCCCAUGAAUCUUCCAAGGUAAUUCAGGACAGCUCACAUUCAACUAUCCCGACAAGUUCGACAACUAUUAUAGUUAACAAAUCACAAGAUGCUACAAGUACAAACAAGACCCGAGGUACAAACACUUCUUCUGGAUCCGCCUCUCUUCCCACAAUUCAAGAGAGCUUUUUUAAGGCUGUGUCAAGACGCCUGCAGCUGUUGGAAACCAACUCAACUUUGUCAUUGAAGUAUAUUGAGGAGCAAUCAAAGAUGCUACGAGAAGCCUUUCUGAGAGUCGAAAAAAGGCAACUUCAAAAGACAACUGAUUUCCUCGAAAAUCUCAAUAGCACAGUUCUUACCGAACUACGCGUGUUUCGUCAACAAUACGAUGAAAUAUGGCAAUCGACUGUUAUUUCACUUGAAAGUCAACGAGAAGAAUCCCGUCGAGAAAUUUUGGCUAUUAGUGCUCGUCUCAACAUCCUAGCAGAUGAAGUUGUCUUUCAAAAGCGCAUGUCUAUUAUCCAAUCUGUACUGCUUCUUCUGUGUCUUGGCCUCGUGAUUUUCUCUCGUGUCUCUACUGCAGAGCCUCUCAGCUUCUCUCUCCAUAAUCGACGUUCCCGUGUAACCAGCAACAUGACUAAUAUAGAAAGCCCACUCGAUACGCCGGGUUACACCUCUCGGGAACGCGAAGAUUACAUCGGUGACGCAGCUUCUCCCGUAAAUGCGUGGUCCGGCCAUCAUCGACGUCAGCCCUCGGAUGAAUCUGUCAACUCGCGCUCCCGAUCAAGAGGUUGGGGUCCUCCAACACCCAUAUCAACAUAUUCCCGCUCUGACAACGAGUUGACUCCUCCACGUUCAUUUGACGAAACAACCACCAAUACCAUGACCGGAGCAACAACUGGUACCUUUUCUCGACUUCGCAGAAGCAUCACUAUGAAAUACCAAAGUUCUAACCCCUUGCUAUCUGCAUCGAGAGAACAUGAACUUCUUCGCACCUCGUCUUUUGGACCUUCGCUUAGAUCUCAUAAUUCUUCGCCUGCCUCUUUCCUGUCGGUUUCAGAUGCGAAAGAAAGGGGCGUCAGAGAUAGAAACCCUACUGCUUUGGCUAGCCCCCCGCCUAGUGAUAUUGAGAGUCACGACCCCAUGGAUGAGCUGAACUCUACGCCCACGAGUAUUCAACACGAUACAUUGGAAGGGCAAAGUGUUGAUGAUAUCAGAGAAUCUCGGUCUCUUCUAACACCUACACAAGAGCAUGUUAACGAGCAAAUUAAUGAGCAAAAACCUUUGCCGGCUUUACCUGAUGGAGGCCCAAGCCCAUAGAAGAAAUUUGUUUUACUUGGGCAUUAAAUUAUUGUUCUACUAUUUAGCGAGGAGUCUGGUUUGGGUCUUGGCAUAUACCAUUAUUGUUUACUGUUCAUAGCUAUGAUAUUGAUGUGAAAUAAAACAUUUCUCUUAUUACAAUGACACUAUUUUCGUGUCCUGGCUACUCAAUUUUUCGGUGCCACAGAACUACAUGAAGUCACAUUUUCCCAUCAAGAUCGAUUACAUAGAAGCAUGUUUUUAGAGGAAGCAAUUAGGUCUGAAUCAGCUGGAGCCUUCGGCCACCCAAUGAGCGAAGAUUACAAUGUAUCAGCUUGCGGCAGUAUUCAUACGUAAGCCUUUUACAUGAUUCUCAUUUGAAGACCUUCUACUCGUCAAAUCUGAAUUAGGAGACUCAAAAUAUCUGAGUUUGAAGGGUUAUUAAAUUGAGAAAUAGCUCAGGUUGGAGGAAUAUUUGACUUGCAGGUCAGAGCUAGAACAGUUGUGAGUCCACACUUUAGCGUCUUUUACAACGCAAAUUAGUAUACGAAUUUGCUAUCACGUCAUGAUGCUAUUGUAUAUUCAUUGCUCCGGUCAAUCGUAGCUGUUGGUUGAUCAAGGCGUUGCACAGAGAAAUUAGUCUUUCCGUAGGAUAGCUGGAAAAAUUAAAUCUUGAUUCCCAGAAUAUACAAUUCUAGGAAUAAAGAUUUAUAAGGACAGUGUACGUUUCAAUACCAGAAGUUUCCGAGUGUACAAGUAGGUUAAUAAGUAACUACCAAUGAAGUAUUAAAUUACAAUGAUAGUCA